CUGAGAGUAACACGGAAGCGGUGUAGAGGACUAGUGAGACGCCAUCAGUGAUAGUAGUCAGUGGGGCCUACAAGCAGAAGUCCUCCGGCGCGACCUCGUGUUAUGGCGGCGAUUUGUGGGCUCACUCAACUUAAUGAAGACGUUCUGUACCGCAUUUUGGAACAGGUAGCGGUGCUCAGCAGACAUGGUCACCCUGGCACUCUCAAAACUAUAUCCACAACGUGCAAGCGCGUGCGCUCAUGCUGUUUACCCCUUCUCUUCCAUACCUGUUGCGUAUGGUCCUCGUACAAAGUCAACCUUCCGCCGCAGGCUAUACGCCCGUAUGUCAGGCAUGUCCGGGUUAUAAACCUUUUCUACUCCAUAGACAACCUCUAUGCCUGUGGGUACUUCCAUCAGGACGACAUGCUAAUAGGCCAAAAAUACGUGGUUAUGGAUGAUCCGUCUCAGUUUGGCCUGGAGUUGGAUUUCUUCCCCACCCUCGAAACAGUCUCGUUUGCCAGCGCUGCAGGAGGGGUCCCCUGGUAUGCUAUCAAGAAGUGCCUGGAUCACCCCACGGUCACGUCCAUCUCCAUCGGGGAGAACUCGACAUGGAUGUGCGCGCCACCCCCCAUCCCGUCCGAUAUCCCGCCACAUGGCUGUCGGCUCACGCACUUGUCAUAUACUUCAUCCCAAUGGCGCGAGACCGAGAGCGUGGAACACAGAACAGACCUACGACCGAUAUACGCGUUAGAGUCGAGCUACCUCCGCGCCCUUGUUCUCGCCAUGCCCAACACCGCCGAGUCCCUCACCCUCCCUGCCGAGACUGCUCCGCUCGUGGAGAUGGCCAACAUGGACUGGCCGCGUUUGCAUACGCUGUCUCUCAUCGGACGAUACACUCACCCAGAUCAAAGUGACAUCAUCCCUCUCUUACUCUUGCGCAUGCCAAACCUGCGCUCCCUUUCCAUCAACGUAAUGCAAUGCAAGGGGAUGUGGCGCCCGCGUUUGCUCAGAGGGCUCCCUGAUACUAGCUACUCCCUGCGGUCGUUGACGGUCUCGUAUCCGGCCCCGGACGACCCGAUUUUCUCAUAUGUCGGAGAUGGUCUAACCUCCCUUUCGCUCCGCGAUAGCCCGAGAUACUACUUCCAAAAACGCUAUGGCUAUCGCAUUCUCCCCGCAAUAUUCCCGAUCCUCAGCGCGUCGGAAUGUUUGGUCAUCCUGAAGCGCCUCUCCGCCCCUCAACUCUCGGUACUUGAACUAGUCUAUCAGGCCGACACCGCUGAGGACGAGCUCUUGCAGUAUCUUCCAAAGGCGUUCCCCCUUCUCCAAGAACUCGAGUUGCACCGAUACAAAGCACUGCCGGAGGAGAACGUUCCAUAC